AUGCCAAAGGCCAGGUGUGGUGGCCGAGGCACCUACAUCCAGCUGGUUGGCAUAUGCAGAGCCCAGGGGGCAGCGGGGGAGGCGUCUGGAAUUGCCUGCCCAUCACCCACUGAGCUGAGCAACCCCCUGGAGGCCGCCCGGGCUCUGAGAAGCCGCCCCCCGAAGCCUGAGACAUGCAGCACCGAGCCCGUCCCGCGCCGUCUUCCUCGCCCGCCAGCCACACAGCCUCCUUCCCCGUCCCGCCGUGUAAACGGCUCCCCUGGCCCCGCCCUGCUGGCAGCCCCCCCGUCACCCGUCUGCCCGGGCUCUUCCCCAGGGGCUGGCGGCGUGAACCAGCUGGGGGGGCGCUUCGUCAAUGGCCGCCCCCUGCCCCCCUGCAAGAGGAAGAGGAUCAUCCAGCUGGCGGCGAGUGGGGUGCGCGCCUCGGACAUCUCCCGGAGCCUGAAGGUAUCCAAUGGCUGCGUGAGCAAGAUCCUGGGCCGCUACUACCAGACAGGCGCCGUGGAGCCGAAGGCCAUCGGCGGCAGCAAGCCCCGCAUGGCCACCCCACAGGUGGUGGCCCGGAUCGCGCAGCUGAAGCUGGAGCACCCGUCCAUCUUCGCGUGGGAGAUCCGGAGGAAGCUGCACUCCGAAGGCAUCUGCGCCAGCGACCGGACGCCCAGCGUGUCCUCCAUCAACCGGGUGCUGAGGAACCUGCAAGGGGACAUGCGACAUCUCCUCCCAUGGAAGCUGAGGUGUCCCCCAGUGAUAGCGUCAGCUAGUCCCACCCCCUGCUCAAACUCAGCAUCGGCCAGGGGACCCCCGCCGGGCGUCCAGCACCGGAACAGGACGAUCUUCUCAAGCCAGCAGUCAGUGGCCUUGGAGAAAGAAUUCCAGAGAGGGCAGUACCCCGACUCCGCUACCCGGGAGAAACUGGCCUCAGCCACCCAGCUCCCCGACACCACCAUCAGGGUUUGGUUUUCAAACCGAAGAGCCAAAUGGAGACGAGAGGCAAAGCUGAAGCUGGAGACUGACCGUGCAGGGUCGUGGUGUGACUGGAUUCUAUCCCCCUUUGCGCCAGCUCCCCAGGCCUUUGCGGCUUUCCAUCCAUCCUCAAUGACCGACACCAUCUCCUCACAGCACCUGGCUGCCUCCCCGGACACCCCCAGCUUCACUGUCUACCCGGGGACCUCCCAGCCGCUGCAUCUGAGUGCCUCUCCGCCUGGCGCCUGGGAAGAGCCUUGCUGUGGGCUGGCUCCCGGGGGGACUCUGCCUCCAGCUCCUUGGAGGCCAGCUCUGGCCCUCCCUCCCUUGGACGCCUCGCCCUUUGCCCUUCCCGGCGGUGCCCCGCAAGGCUCCUUCUCUCUGCCGCCCAGUGCCACAGCGAUGUCCCCCUUGCACCCCCCUACUCCCCCUCUGCUGUCCAGAGCCCCGUUCCUCGCUGAGGACCGGACUCCUGGGUUCCAUCCCCGCAACCCCGGCUCAGCAGCAGCCUUUGGACACUUCCACUCCAGGCUUCAGUGCUUAUGA